AUGAUGAAAGAAUGGGCGUUAAGGAAAGAUAGACGUCGUGCAGCAAUCUCUGCUGAAUCCAUUGAAGAAGAUGAUACUGAGUACAAGAAGGAGGAUGAAGCAAAAACGAUGUUUGAUGUUAUGUUCCCAGUUGAGAAACAAGCGGGUGAGACCAUCAUCAAGCAAGGAGAGGAGGGAGAUAAUUUUUACGUAAUCGACAAGGGAGUAAGUUACUGGUUCUCAAUAGAAUCAUUUUCGUCUGCAUUUCUUUUCGAUUUUCUUUCUUUUCUCUGCCUUCUAUCCAUCCAUAUAUGAAG